CGUACUUACGCAUGCGUGUUCAACUGCGGUUCCAGUUUUUUGGUGUAAUUCCAUGCACACAUUUUAGUACUGUGAUCGAGUGUGUACAGGUAAUGUUUUAAAAUGUCACAGUACAGAUUAUUGGGUGCUGUUGCGCGUUUCUCCUCUAUAAAUAAAAGUUAUGCGACACGAACAGCAAUGUAUCAAACAAUAAGGACAUUUGCAAGUGCAAGAAAUGCAAAACAUUUGAAAUACAAAGUUGUAGACAAUGUAGCUGUACUUACUAUAGACUCUCCCGGAGUCAAGGUGAAUACCUUAAAUGAAGAAGUGAUGAAUGAGGUUGUAACAUUAAUGAAAGAAGCAGAAAAUGAUGCUGUUGUGAAUUCUGUAGUUCUUAUAAGUGGAAAACCAGAUUGUUUCAUUGCUGGUGCAGAUAUUUCUAUGAUACAGAGUUUUAAAACUGCAGAAGAUGGUUACAGAGUGUCUGUACAGGCACAAAAGAUUUUGGACAACAUAGAACAUAGUAAAAAGCCAGUUGUAGCUGCAAUUCAAGGUAGUUGUCUAGGAGGAGGUCUUGAGACUGCACUGGCGUGUCAUUAUCGGCUUGCCGUGAAUGAUGCAAAAACUACUUUAGCUACACCAGAAGUUAUGUUAGGUUUAUUACCUGGAGCAGGAGGUACACAAAGGUUACCCAAAUUAACUUCACUUCCUAAUGCAUUGGAUAUGAUCCUUACUGGUAGAAAUGUUAAGACAGUCAAAGCAAAAAAGCUUGGAAUUGUAGAUUUGAUAGUAAAUCGUCUUGGUCCAGGCAUUGGAACACCAGAAGAAAACACGAUGAGAUAUUUAGAAGAGACAGCUAUCAGAGCAGCAAAGGAUAUUGCAAAUGGGACACUCAAGGUUGAUCGUGGCCCUAAAUCUCUGACUGAGAAGCUCAUAAAUUAUACUUUCUCUUUGAACUUCAUUAAGGAUCAAGUAUUCAAAAGAGCAAAAGGCCAAGUGAUGAAAAUGUCUGGUGGAUUAUAUCCUGCUCCACUUAGAAUUCUAGAUGUAAUACGUACCGGUUUGGAUAAAGGUCCAACUGUCGGUUAUGAGGCAGAAGCCAAAGCGUUUGGUGAAUUAGCUGUUACAUGUCAGUCUAAGGGACUCGUAAGUAUAUUCUUUGGACAAACCACGUGUAAAAAGAAUCGAUUUGGUACACCCAAGAAUGCCGUUAAAAAAAUUGCAGUUGUUGGUGCUGGUCUAAUGGGAGCAGGCAUUGUCCAAGUAAGCAUAGAUAAAAGCUUCGAUGUAAUUAUGAAAGAUACAAAUGAAUCAGGUUUAUAUAGAGGCGUUGGCCAAAUACAAAAAGGCAUGGAUACUGCUGUAAAGAGAAAAAAGUAUUCCAGCAUUCAAAGGGAUAUGUAUCUUGCGAAACUAGAAGCUACUUUAGACUAUAAUUCUUUCAAGAAUGCAGAUAUUGUAAUUGAAGCUGUAUUCGAAGAUAUUGGAAUUAAGCACAGAGUCAUAAAGGAAAUAGAAUCAUAUGCACCACAGCACUGUGUGCUUGCAACAAAUACAUCAGCCAUACCCAUUACUGAAAUAGCUGCUGGAAGUAAACGCCCAGAUAAGGUAAUUGGAAUGCAUUAUUUCUCUCCGGUAGAUAAAAUGCAACUGCUGGAAAUAAUAACGCACAAGGGUACGUCGGCUGAAACUAUUAAGACUGCGGUUGAUGUAGGUUUGAAACAAGGUAAAACGGUCAUUACCGUGGGAGACGGUCCCGGAUUUUAUACCACAAGAAUUCUGUCAGCUAUGCUGUCUGAGGCCAUUAGAUUAAUGCAGGAAGGUGUGGAUCCAGUGGACUUGGAUAAACUUAGUAAAACAUUUGGAUUUCCUGUUGGAGCUGCAACGUUAUCAGAUGAAGUCGGUAUUGACGUAGGAGCUCAUAUAAGUGCUCAUUUAGGAAAGGUUUUAGGUGAACGAUUUAAAGGCGGAGAUGUAAACAUACUCGGGGACAUGGUUAAAGCUGGUUUCCUUGGCCGAAAAUCGGGUAAAGGUAUAUACGUAUACGAAGCUAAUACUAAGGACAGGGACGUUAAUCUUGGAGCGUUAGAUAUUUUGAAGAAAUAUCAUAUUGAACCGAAAGGAAGUACUUCCAAUGAAGACCGUCAAUUACGAAUGGUAUCUCGAUUUGUAAACGAAGCAGUACUUUGUUUGGAAGAAAAUAUAUUGGCCAAUCCGUUGGAGGGUGACAUAGGAGCUGUUUUUGGAUUAGGCUUCCCUCCAUUUACCGGAGGACCUUUCCGCUGGGUAGAUUAUUAUGGAGCCAGUAACUUAGUGAGAAAAAUGGAGGAAUACCAGAGCCAUUACGGCAAUGCAUUUAAACCGUGCCAGACUUUGUAUGAUAUGGCGACCGAUUCGAGCAAAAAGUUCCACAAACAAUGAGUAAAAUGUUAUCUUAAUAUUGGAAGUUCAUCAAGCAGUACAGUUGU